AUGAACCCGCCGGACGAGAACGCCAUAACGCGGAAGAUCAACCAGCUGCGGAAGCAGCGGCAAGAAGGUCCGCCACGGAAGGAGCGCAGCUAUGAAGACCUGCUUCAAGAAAUGGAGAAUUGCGUACGAAUGCGCAACGGCUACAAAAUAAGUUCCAUCCUUAAGUUAACACAAUUGCCAAUAGACAUCCUGGUGUUCGACGAAACAACAGAAAUUGAGUUAAGGAAAAAAAUAAAAAAAAAAAGUGCUUUAAAAAAUUAUGAACAGUUAAUAAUUGAUCAUUAUACUAUUAUGAAAACACUGUGCAAUAGGAAUAGCAUCAAUUGGGACAGCCUCCUCAACAUGGGAUGUAAAUUUUUAUCUUCCUUUAUCCACAUGUACAGUGAGAAUUUGUGGGUACUGCCAUACCUAUUAACGAUAUGCUCAUUUUUGAACACCAUAAGUACGUUGGCGGACUCGUACCACACCAGUAACAAAAACGACAUAUACAAUGAAGAGAAUGAAGACAUAAACGAGAAGAAUAAAUACACAAUAGAAGUAUUAAAUUCCAUUCGAGGGAAAAUUGGAAUUGUUAAAGGGGAUAUAGAAAAGCAUGGAGGGUUCGUAAUUCUCAUGUUUCAGUCGAUAAAGUUAUGUAUGAAAUUAAACAACAUGCAAAUAACUACAAGUUUUUUGAAGAUAAUAAAUUCAACUGAUAUAGGCUACGCAUACAUACCCAAAUCUUUUAUCGUUCUGUUUAAAUACCAGCUAGGGAAAUUAUAUUUACACAAAAUGGAUUAUGAAAAGGCCGAGAAAGAAUUCAUUUGGGCAUUCUCUAACUCCAGGAAGGGUAAGACAGAUUUUAAAAAAAAGUUACUGGAAAGUAUUAUUUCGAUUCGCUUGAACAAAGGACUUUAUCCUCCGAAGAAAUUAUUACAAGAUUAUGAACUCCAUAUUUAUAUGGACAUUAUAUAUUCUAUUAAGCAGGGGAAUAUAUUCCUUUACAAUCGUGUCAUGGAGAAAAAUUCCAAGUACUUUUUUGACAAUGGCUUGAAUGAAUGUAUUGAUCAGAUUCACUUUGUGGUUAAACGUAACCUCUUGAAAAUUGCUGUUGACUGGUGGAAUGAAACCAGUAAAGAUAAUCCCACCAAAUUGUACAAGGUACCGAUUUGUAUAUUUCAUCACAUUUUUAACUGGGCCCAAAUCACACAACACCAUCACCAAUUGGAGACCCUCUGCAUUAUCACUUCACUCAUUCUUUUUAAAUACAUAAAUGCGUACAUCGCCUACGAUAGUAACAUCCUCGUGCUCAGCAAAAACGACCCCUUUCCCUCGCUCUCCAAGUCCCGCAUGGGGGCCAGGGGCGCCGUGGACAAGGCCUACGCGUGA